CUGACUGAGAGCAGCAGCUGCAGCGGCCACAAUCCGGGCUGGGUGCUCUGCGAUCGCUCCGGUGGCAACAGACAGGGCAGAGGCAGCGCGAGGCCCGGGCCCGAGAGCAGAUCCGAGCAUGUCACCUUUCCUCCGGAUUGGAUUGUCGAACUACGACAGCGGCCCGUACCUGCCUUCGCAAGGAGAUGUGAUCGAUCCGUAUUGCGCUGUGAUCGUCAAAGAAGCCGUGGAGUCCGAGAAUGGUCAGGUUUACGUCCAGAAGAAGCCUACUAUGUACCCCCCUUGGAACAGCACCUUCGAUGCCCACAUCCACAAGGGCCGUGUCAUGCACGUCGUCGUGAAAGAUAAGAGCGCAGAGAUGGUCUCCGAAGCAACCAUUGAGCUCAGCUGGCUGGCCGAGAAGUGCAAGAAGAACAACGGGAAAGCAGAGACGUGGCUCGAACUGAAGCCCCAAGGCAGAAUGCUAAUGAAUGCAAAAUACUUCCUGGAAACCACAGAUGAUCCCGAGUUUAUCGACUGUGAAAAGGAAGGGUUUUUCUCUCUGCAUCAGCGACGGGGAGCCAUCAAGCAAGCCAAGAUUCAUAAUGUCAAGUGUCAUGAGUUCACAGCCACCUUCUUCCCCCAGCCCACGUUCUGCUCCGUUUGCCAUGAGUUUGUGUGGGGCCUUAACAAGCAAGGAUACCAGUGCCAACAAUGCAAUGCUGCCAUUCAUAAGAAGUGCAUUGACAAGGUGAUCGCUAAGUGUACAGGAUCGGCCGUCAACAGUAGGGAAACCAUGUUUCACAAGGAGAGGUUUAAGAUUGACAUGCCCCAUCGGUUUAAGGUCUACAACUACAAAAGCCCCACUUUCUGCGACCACUGUGGCACACUGCUCUGGGGCUUGGCCCGGCAAGGACUGAAAUGUGACGCUUGCGCCAUGAACGUCCACCACAAAUGCCAGACCAAAGUGGCAAACCUGUGUGGCGUCAACCAAAAGCUCAUGGCCGAGGCACUGGCUCUGAUCGAGAGCAGGCAGCAGGCUCGAAGCCUGCGUGACUCAGAGCAUAUCUUAAGGGAAGGACCGGUCGAGAUCAUCUUGCCCGACAAAGACGCCUCGUCCACCCCUUCUGUGCCGGCGCCUCCAGCAGGAAAAAAGGAACCACAAGGAGUUUCUUGGGAAUCCCCAGCAGAAGACGUGAUGCCUCCCAAAUCUCUUGUGGAACUAGAACCCAGGAAAGAGCUCCAAUCAGAGCUACCAAAAUUAACCAUAGACGAUUUUCUCUUGCACAAGAUGUUGGGGAAGGGAAGCUUUGGCAAGGUCUUCCUUGCUGAGCUGAAGGCGACCAACCAGUUUUUUGCCAUGAAAGUGCUAAAGAAAGAGGUGGUUCUGAUGGAUGACGACAUCGAAUGCACUAUGGUGGAGAAGAGGGUGCUUUCGCUGGCUUGGGAGCACCCGUUUCUCACGCACGUCUUCUGCACAUUCCAAACCAAGGAAAACCUCUUUUUCGUGAUGGAAUAUCUCAAUGGGGGAGACCUCAUGUUCCAUAUCCAGAUCUGCCACAAGUUUGACAUUGGCAGAGCAAGGUUCUACGCUGCUGAAAUCAUUUGUGGUUUGCAGUUCCUUCAUGCCAAAGGGAUAGUUUACAGAGACCUCAAGCUUGACAACGUUCUCUUAGACAAGGAAGGGCAUAUCAAGAUCGCGGAUUUUGGGAUGUGCAAAGAAAACAUGUACGGGGAGGCGAAGACCAGCACUUUCUGUGGAACUCCUGACUAUAUUGCACCUGAGAUUCUGCUGGGGCAAAAGUACAACACGUCCGUGGACUGGUGGUCCUUUGGCGUCCUCCUGUACGAGAUGCUGAUCGGCCAGUCUCCCUUCCACGGCCAGAACGAGGAGGAGCUCUUUCAGUCCAUCCGCAUGGACAGCCCGUUCUACCCCCGCUGGCUGGACAAGGACGCAAGGGACAUCUUAGUGAAGCUUUUCGUGCGAGAACCCGAGAGGAGGCUGGGAUCCAGAGGGAACAUCCGGCUGCACGCCUUCUUCCAAGAAAUCAACUGGGAAGCCCUGGAGGAGAGAGCCCUGGAACCUCCCUUCAAACCCAAAGUGAAAUCCCCAGGUGACUGCAGCAACUUUGACAAGGAAUUUCUGAAUGAGAAACCCCGUCUGUCUCUCGGAGACAAAACCCUCAUCAACAGCAUGGACCAAAACAUGUUCAGCAACUUCUCUUUUACCAACCCCAUCAUGGACAAGUUGCUAUCCUGAAAAAUGCUGAAGGAACUGGAAGGUCCGGCAGUGGCUACAGAAGAUGCACCCCGCAGUCCCCAAAUCCGUUGGAUUUCUUCUGCUGGAGGGAGGGGUUUGGAUCCGAAGGUGCGCUUCUGGUGGUGGAAAGUCCUUUCCCCACACCAAGGAGCUGUUUCCAACCUGCUAGAAGAAUGUUGCACGAGAAUCAUCACACAUAGCAAGCGGUUCUUCCGCGCAAGCUCGUCUUAAAUCGCGCACGAGGCCCUCGUGUUUGGGCUGAGGGGCUCACUGCCCGUCCCGGGAGCCACUGUAAUUGGCUAUGUCUUUGCUCUUACUGCCUGAGUGCCCUCCGUCUCUCAGUGAGGAAGCAGGGAAAGAGCAAAAGGAAGCCAAGAUCCUGCGCACACCUCAUCCUUUCUCCUGCUCUGAGAGUUGGUGACCUCCUCUCUGUCUGGUCCGCUGGUCCUUUCUGGGCAGCAGAAAGCACAGUGUGGAGGCUGUGACCCAACUCGCGCGCUGAGAACCUGAAAUGGGCGCUGCACAACCUCUUUCCAAGACCGCAGGGGGAUGUUUUAAGUGAUGCAGCCGGAAUCUCCUCCUUGUGCACCACGUUUCCCAGACUGUUACACAACCCUUCGUCCAUUGCGCUGCCUCAUUGUGAACAGCCUUCCAUCGGGGCUUGUGCAUUUCACAGAAUGGCACUUCUUUUUGACACACAUUUCUCCUUUUGCCGAUUGUCCCCUCGAUGCACGGUACCGUAGAUAAGCCUCAUCAUGGCAUGUCUGUUAAAAGUGGAUGGGGAAGGGGUUACCCAGUCUCCCCCUCUAGCAGAUCUUCCAUGUCUCCAUUAGUUCCGGUGUGAUUUCCUUGCUCUCCCAAACUCUUGCCCCCUUUACAGGAUCCUGUGAAAUUUCUGCCCAGAUCUCCAUCCCUAAGUCAGUCACCCGAACCCAGUGCCUUCCAGGUCUGUUGGACUAUAAUUUCCACCAUCCCCAACAGCAUACGUACGAAUGAUAGGAGCUGUCAUUGGGAAAGGCUGCCUAGGCCCACCCUCUGAGACCUUACGGGCCUUGGUCCUUCCUGUAAGAGACUUAAGAGAACCCUCACCUGUUAACUUCACCUGUUGCAGGGCUACAACUGCACAAACAAGAGAUUCAGUAUCUGGAUUUGGACAACGUUAUAUAACCCUCACUAAAGGGUUAAGCAUGAGUUGAGGGUGGGUUGUGGCUGAAUUGUGGGUUGUUGUUGAAAUGGGGCAGUUGUGUUGUCCGAACCCAGCUGAGAGAACAAACCAUGGUCAUUAACCCAGAAACAAACUUUGGAUUCUUUAUAGGUAACAAGGUAUACCUCACUACUAUACCCAGGUAAGCUGUGCUCCAGCGGCACCCUACAGUCAAACGCUUAAGUAUGGGUUGCUCUGCUGUUGGAACCCCUCCAGUCUCUGCCAUACCGUGACAGUGAACACACAGAUCUCUGCUUGUGACUCAGUUCGAGCUUUUCCACAUGAGGCACGUGUCAGAGACCCCUUAUUUCCUACUCACCGUGGUUUACAUGUUCUAAAGGCAAUAUUGUGACUGCCUAGUUUCGCUUCUGUGUCUAAAUAAUAAUGUUAUGGAUGGAGGGGUUGUUUUGAGGUGUUUGGGGUUUUGUUUUUUGCUGCUUUUACAGCAGAGAAAACGGGGUAUUGUUUCUAAUGGCAAAAGAAAGUGCAGUUUCCUUCAGUGUAUUUGUACUGGUCCACUAUACCACAGCGCCACCUACAGGUUAUGUAGCAGAAAAGCCGGAAAGGAAGGGUUUUUGUGCAGUGCUCUCAGUUCCUCAACAAAGCAGGCUUGGUGGCUUCACAGCCUUAUGAAGAAAAGUCUGCAGAGUGGGCAACACAACGCUAGCUAGGCAAGGCCUCUGUUGUGGGUGCGCCAUCUGCUGAAACAGUAGUCCCAAGGAAUAGCACAUUUCCCAUGCAGUGUAAUUUUGUACUAGAAUAAAACUCGCAUCAUGCCCCAGAUUGUGACUGUGGUUGCCACAUGGAAUACGGAUGUGCCCAUCUCACAAUAUUGUUACCCAUCCUGUGAAUAGUGAAAGGAGCAACACAACUCCUUGGCUAUUUUGUGUCUCCUUUGCCUAUUUAUUUUAUUUAGAUCCCUGGAGGAUCUGAACAUUUUCCUUCCCCACUGCAGGAGGGCACAGCAAACUCCACUGGACUGUGGGGGAAAUUAAAGAGCAGGAAGGUGUUCACCAAAUCUAUCGCACACCAUUGGUGGAGAAGUCCCACUAAUUUCACUGGGUCUGCGCUGAGCUUUCCAUGCCUGCCGCUUUGUCGGCUCGGGUGUCUACCGACUGGCACUCCCAUGGAUCUGUGCCUGCCUCCAGCCUAUCAGAGGAUUCUCACCAAGCAUUAUUUCUAGGUGCCAUGACAGUCAAACUGAGGCCCAGCUCUGGAUUUGAGGGUGCUGUUGACAAAUUGCCCUCCGCCCAAGCCCAUGGACACCGACCCACAUCGGUGGACCCACAAGCACAGGUGGGCUGCUGCAAGCUGCCCUUCAAAUUUCCUAGCAUGCCCCCAACCAGUGUUCCAUCAAGGGGCUUAUGGGAAAUUUGGCAGGACAACUCACAGAUGCAGCAGCCAAGGGCAACUGUCAAGUGCCAGCGGUCCUUCUUAGCUGCGAGAGCAUGUGGAGCACUCCCACCAGGCCUGGUUAACCAUCAUAAACCCAGUUAAACCAGGCAUAAACCUAGUUAAAGCAUGCAUUCUUGAGAUAUGCUCUUUAGCAGAAAGAACAGAAUUUGCCAGCUGACAGUACUGCGGCCUGGAAGAAAGGAGCCGGAGGUACUUGCGAAAUAAUUGUGAUGCCUGUCGCCACCGGCGGGCACUCGCUGCAAGGGGGUAUCCCUGGCUCUUCACGGUGUGUCUCCAAGUCCCCGCAGAGCGAGAGUCGCUUUGAGGCAGCCUCCUCUGACCUGGCACCUGCUGGGAGGGAGCUCAUCGCGGCACCAGAGGAGGCCCGAGCCAUGAAUAGCACGACUGAUUCCUGAGCAAGCACCACUGGGCAAUCCACUCACCCCGUUUUGCGAAGCAAGGCUAAGACUGACCGAACUUAAUUUUGCUCCGCUUAAUUCUGAGCCUGCCACCCAGCCUCCACUGCAACGAACCUUCCACAGAGCAUCCGGAUUUAUAUUUCAAAGUUGUCCCUCCAGUAUUUGCAACAUUCAGUACGGGACUCAAACGGUCCACCCACCCCAGUGGCAGAUAGAGGAGAUAGCCAGGUUUCCCAGUCACACUCCUUGAAUGGACGGGCAGGAUGUCUUGUUUUGGCCUUGGACAGAAGAAAUGUGUGUGUGUUCCUUGCAGCCGGGUUGUAGUGUUGCGUUAGACCUGUUAAUAUGUUUUUCUAAAGAAAAUCUUUGUGAUGUUUGUACAGAUUAAUAAAAAUGCUGCCUGCGGAGUUAUGCA